CUCGUCGCUUCUGAUACUGGUACUAUUCACUCUAGGAAUCAAGCAUAACCUGUUUCUAAUAUUGGUGUUCCAGGACUUAACACGCCCCUACUGAUACCCCAGUGCCCUGCUUGUCCUGACUAUCAACGGCUUACUUGUCUUCAUGAACUAGGUACUACUGGUAUAAACAGGUCACUGUGACCGCGCCCGCUCUUACUACAGCAUGUACCCAGGCGUUGGAUGAAAUCCUCCUAUUUCUUUAUGUCCUUCAGUCGAUUGUCGCGCACGUUUUAUCAAGGACAUAUACACGGUACUCACUCUGUUUGAUUGUGGCGCCUGCCACUGAAGCAAUCCACACAUGGAGUCCACAUCGACAUCAAGUCAGGCAGAAGCCUGCCUAAAACUCAGCAAUGAACUCGCCGAGCAUCCUCCGUCGGGCCCAGAGUUCAACACUCAGCAUGAGAAGGCCAUCUCGAGCCUAAAGAAGGCAGCAGAGGAUUUGAGUGACUCAAAAGCAGAAGUCAAGCAGGCAAUGAGGGUCUUGACUGAGUAUUUCCACGCGGUCUCUGGUCCAGGACCAAGUGCCUCUCAUCCUCAUCCCCCGCUUAGCACUCUCCUUGCCAAAGCUACCCGCGAAGACCCAAUCUGGCGCCCACGGUUUGGUCUGCUUGAGAGAUCGGACUCGCAAGAGAAUUAUCUUCAAUCAACCGGAGGUGCUGCGCCUGAUUCCAUCCUCGAAGUUGCAAGACGUAUCAUCGCCCGUCCAUGGCACGAGUCCGAGUCAAGCCGAGAGUUCGACCGAGAGCAAAUUCGGUCUGCCCUUCGGAUUAUCGCCAACUGCUGUGCCGACAAUAACGUCAAUCGCAGUGUCAUCGUUCGCCGCAACGGCAUUGAAGCAUUGAUGGACAUGCUGAGAGAGAAACGAGAAUGUGACCUGGUCAUCCCCACUUUGUACAACGUCUGCGUCGAUUAUGAUGAAGCCGCAGUCGACAGCAAAGGUAACCCAUUGCGUCUGCCGCAGCAGUCGAGCACAAGCAAUGGUCAAGAAGCCGGACCUCCAGCAGUCAACGCUGCAGAGCAAAAACUUGGCAUGGCUUGGGACGUAUCCCGCAAUCUCACGUCGGUCGAGACCUUGCUUGGGGCACGUGAGCUUGCGCAGAACUGCUUGGCUACACUGGCCGACUUGGUGGAAAUGGCCAGCCGUGUGGCUUUACAUGGCAUGCAUUAUCUUGUCCAUGGCCCCACUGGAGAUGACACGGUCGAGAUACAACAUCCGAGCGGUCGAAGACUGAUUCAGUCACUUUUGAGUGAGGGUGCUGACCUUGCCACAUUCCCCGAAUGCCGUGUUUCGAUCUGCCAGGCAAUCAUGAACAUUUUGUCGCAGCCAGGCUGUUUUGAGGCCCUGAUUGACAUCGACGGAGCAAUCUGGAAGCUCGUUCAUCUGCCAUACGGAUCUGACCAGGACCAGAAGGAAGUGGAAAACGAUGAUGAAAAUGAGGACGAAGAACUUUUACAACCAUACAGGAACGCCAUUCUCAAGUUCGUUUAUGGCAUCUCCGCGUUGGAUGCGUAUGCAGACAAAUUUGAUCCCGAGUCUUCUCUGAUACGCGACUGCAUCCAAUCUCUUGACCAACACAAAUAUAAGGCCGAGAUAUCACAAUCAGGUGGGCCCACUGCGUUCCUUGAUACCAUGCCAUGUGCACCUAUCUGUGUCUUGCUAGCCAACAGCAUAACGACCGCCAACCGUGCUGCACGCAUUGCGAAAUCGAGUCGGUUAGCAUCCAACAUAAAGACACUGGUCGCCAGUUCGGACGAUCUAGAAGUUCUUCUCCCCGCCGUUGACCUCAGCGUCAGGCUCGCGAUAUGCCGCGAAGGACAAGACGCACUACACGACGCUGGCAUGAUGUCCGUUAUGCAUAAACUAGUCAAGCCUCGGAGCCAGACCGACGCAGUGGGCCUCGAAAUCCAACGCAAGGCCGUAACACUGAUCAGGCUAAUGAUCAAAGGGCGGCCAGAGUAUCUGGGCGAUCUCGGUCCCGAACCUGGUGGACGGUUGUCGACCAACAAUGACACAGCAGACCGUCAGUCCAGCGCUGCUUCCGAUCCCAUCCUGGCCCCUGUGAUGUCCCUAUUCAAGAAUACUGACGACGCAAGCACAAAGACCGAGAUUGGACGGCUUUCGAUUGAGCUUGUCAGACAGAGUUUCCAGCGACCGGCCCGGUCGUCAACUGAUUCGUCGGUGCGAACUUCUAAGCCGCUUGCCACUAUGGAUGGAGAAGCAAAGCUACUGAUGUUGCUGUCUGGACGCUCUGCUACACAUGGUGCUACCCUCGACCGGGAUAUUUUCCCCACGCCCGUGGAUGCUAUGGGGUAUAUCAUCACCUCCCUGACCCGACCGUCUUCCACCACUCCACAAACAUCCCAGCAACAGCAAUUGCUGACCACUACGCCAUCUUUGUCUAAUGCCAGCAUUGGCGUCGCCGCGCCGACCACUAGUGGUAGUCCGUCCGGCGAAAUCUAUGCCGCCGAAGGAGAAGCCUGGUUCGGACUCGCCCUCUUAGCCCGUCUCGAAACCGAUGCCGCAAAGCCAGCGAUCCUGGCAACGCUGGCCCGCAACGACGGAGAGUUGCUGAAGCGGUUGCGCCUUAUCAUUACUCGAGGUUCUUGGGCCUCGCUUGAGGACAUGUCUGACACGCCAGACACGAAAAGUGAUAACGACGAAUAUGAUGACGAUGAGGAUAACGGUUCGAUACCCCAUAAUCAGAAUAGAGGGAGGCUGCCGCCGCCUGAUGCUCGCUACCAGAAUGCAAAAUCGCUUGUUAUGUUGUUGCUAAGGCGCAGGUACGAGACGCAGCCGGCACCACAGCUUCAGGCGCUCACUAGCAGAACUACUACUGAUGUGUUGGCUGCUUCGGAUGGGUCACCGAGCCAUGCCGCCGUGCUUGAAGAACUUAGAGCUCUUGCCCUGGAGAUGGGAUUUGGUCUGGACGAGUUGGAAUAGGAAACGGCAUUAACACUAUAUUAACUUACCAUUAACUCGUUUUAGAUACAGUAUCUAUAGAACAGAGUUUCGAAUCGAUUACGAACUGGUUUCGAUUCGAGUUAGCGUGCUUGAAUCGGUAAUGAAAUCAAAGUUUUAAGCCGUA